AUAAUUAUAGAUAGAUAUUUUAGGAUUUCGAGACUAGGUUAUUGCAAUAGGGAGAUCAGUUUGCAAAGUUACAAGGUUGGUACUGUAUCGCCCCGCGACGAACGAACAUGUCUGUUUAAAUUAGAAUUCCAAAGGAUACAGAAUUAGCUUCUAAAUGUAAUAUCCUCUAUUUAGUAAAAGAUGCGAAAGGAACAGAUAUGAACGCGAACCGUUUUGGUUACAGGAACACUGCCGGGCCAAUGCCGUUGCUGCCAUCGCCGUCGCCGCGAACGUACAAGAAACGAAGUUGGAUGCGUGGGAAAGAAAUGCAUCGGCGGUUCAAAGUAAAUCGCCAAUGAUCGUGAAAGCCGCGGAUCGUGCGUCGAGGAGAGAAAAGAAACUCAGUUAGUAUUCGUUCGACGUGAAUCUCGUUAUUCGAGGACGGAUGGAAACGAUACGCGGGAAAUAAGAAAAAGAAGGAAGGGAAGAAAGAGGUAGCGGAAACGAAUCGAGGAGAAAAAAAAGGCGAGCGAGUACCAUAAACUUUGAAGAGAAAAGAGAGAGAGAGAAAAAAAAAAGAAACGGCGGACUCUCUCGGGCAUCCUCGCGACAGGGCGAAGCCGAACGUGCGUGUGCGAGUGCCGAAGCGUCUCUGGUGUGUGCAACGUAAAAACUGUAUUUCACCGUUCUGCCAUCUUGAAAGUCAUCCAAUUUCUCUCUCCUGGCGGCGCUGGCUCAGUGCGCGGGAAACGUGCACAGUGCGUGCAUCGUACACGCACUGUGCUAGGCUUUUACGAGCAAGGAUACAACCUCCGGGAUCCCGUGGAACUGCGAAAUAACGGUUCACGUCGACGGUAGAAUAAAACAGCGAUGAGACCGGGCUCGCCGAUAAGUUUGCAUCAUCGUGGCAGCGAUAACGAGCGCCGUGGCGGUCGCGGUAGCAGCAUCACCGGUGCCACCGAUACGUACGUCACUACCGGUAACGCCAGAAACGACGAUGAUUCAAACGGCGACGAAAAAUCGCGAGUGGUAUACAGUGUCGUGUGCGAGCCACGUGGCAGUGACGAGAUUCUCGAGCAGUUGCGUUUCGACGAGGUGUACCAGCACUGAUUGCGAGUGCUAGUAGAGAAAGAGAAAGCGGCCGAUAGAGGGAUAGAAGCCAAGACUCUCGCGGAGAGCAGGCCACCGAAAGAUAUGCGGAUCUUUGUGCGAACAGCUGAACCGGAAGUUGUGAGAACAAGUGGAGUGCAACGCGCUCCGCCUAAUCGGUGAUAGGAACUCGUCGCUGGAGCAUCAACGGUCGAAGCUCGUAAAGUCCGGUUAAGUUGUGUCGCCUAGUGUUGCGAUUACGAUCAGUGCGGAAAACGACGGAAAAGUGUACGCGGCGAGGGAUAUCGGCGAGCGACAAGGGAAGACAGAGAGAGAGAACGAGAAAAAGCAUGAGGAUGAAAACAGUGUGACCGGUGAAGUAAAAAAGGAAAUGAUAAGAAAAAAGAAAGAGGGUUUUUGAACAAGAUACUGUGGGAAGCAGGAAGGUUCGCCGACGUACAGUAAUGUUGUGGAUUACCGUGUUCACCGAAAGUUUUUAAAAAAGUCGUCAUAGAGUUUAUACAUAGAUCGGUUGGUAUACUCACGUAUGUGCACGCGUACGUAUGUGUGCGUGAUCACGCGCGCACAUGUACGUGAUUUUCACUCGAGACUGAAGCGGUGAAUUAUUCUCGCACGGAUCGACCGCUCGUGGGGGAAAUUCGAGAUCCGGCUUACCUUCGAAAGCUGACGUCAUUACCGUACACAAUGCGCUAGGGGUGAUGGAGACAGUGGGCAAGCAAGUCCAGGUAGUGAGCGGACUGGGGGUGGGGGGUCCGGUGGGUCCUGUGGGUCCAGUGGGGGCAGAUUUGCAUCACCAUCAUCAUCCUCACCCCCACUCUCAUCCUCCGCACCCACACGCCCACCCCCACGGUCAUCCUCACGGGUCCCAUGGCCACUCACUCGUCAGCGUAACGUCGACCCCUGGUAGGGGUCAGCCGCAACCACCGGUCUCGCAUAACCAGCAUUUACCCGCGAGAUCUACUCCAGUACAGCUGCACAGAUCAGCGCAAAGUUACGUGAACAUCAAGAGCAGUAGCCCCGUCUCCCCGAGAACGGUAGGAGCAGGCGUGACGUACGUCCAGGGUGGUGCGGCUGCAUCUUCGGCGGCGGCCGCGGCAGCAGCAGCAGCGGCGGCAGGGACGGCUGGAAGUGGGUCUGCUGGGGGCCCUUCGAUCAGCGGUGGCGGCGGUGGCGUUGGCAGCACUGGUGGCGGGAACAGCGGUACCGGAGUCGUAGGGGCUGGAGCUGGUGGUGGAGCCGUGUCGAACGUGCCGCCACCCGGAAGCGGGAACAGCAGCGGUACCGGUAACAGCGGCGCGGGUGGCACGAGUGGCGGGAAUACCGGCACGGUGGGUGGCGCACCAGGAGGCUACGUUACCGUACCCAUGGCUGGUGGUCUACGGUACAUGCAUCCGUACCCACCGACGCCAACCUCGGCGUCGGUACCAUCCGUAGCUACGGUGGUCACGUCGGCCUCGUCGGCGUCGACUCCCGUACCAGUUCCAACGCCCGCGGCCGCGCCUGUAAAUCCACCCACGGUCAGUCAAACGCCACCACCGUCGCUCUCGGGAACUGCUUACGCCGCAAGAGAUGCAUAUCGCAGCGCCACCACGAACGUGAACGAGAGGAUCGCCAUCAGCGUGAGCAGCAGUCCUCUGUCGCAGAUAGGAGUUGGCGUUGGAGUAGUUACAGCCGAGUAUGCGUUGAAUAGCGGUAUAGGUAGCGGCAUGGUCGGUGGAAGAGGGGACAGACCGAGGAUAUCUCUUUUACCACCUGCCUCGGUGACGCCGACACCUUCGCCAACGGCGCCAGACUAUCAGCAUGUGUCUAGUGGAAGAAAUUCACGAAUAGGACUCAUGCCCGUCCAGCCGGAUCAGUAUUGCAGCCGCGCGGCCGUUGAGAUGGCCAACAUGCAGGAGGCGCCGCCCUUUAAAAAGAUACGCUUGGUACAACCGACUCAAGUUCAACUGCAGUCCCAAUCGCAGUCUCGCUGUCAGAGCCUGUCACCUGCCGACCCCUGCGUGAAACAAGAACACGUGGUGCAAUUGCAGCAACCACUUAGGAUAGACACUAGGGAGCAGCCCGCUGCAGGUGCGUAUACGCCGCAGACAGAAGCGAUUUCGCCCACGCUCCCGGAACCGAACACGCAGGAGGACGCGCAGUUCCGGAGUACGAAGGACGAUCUUUUGCAACAGAUCGCCAAGGUCGAUAGGGAGAUCGCGAAGAGAGAGUCUCAAAUAAACAAGCUGCGGAAGAAGCUGAAGGAAUUGGAAGAAACGGCGAACAAGCCUCUGGAAGCCAGCGGGCUUAAACGACAGGUUGAGGAACAGUCUCAACAACCAAAGCAUCAGUCUCUGGCACAAAAAAUUUAUGCUGAUAAUAGGAGAAAGGCGGAAGAAGCUCACAGACUCCUCGAGAGGCUGGGUCCAAAAGUGGAAUUGCCUUUGUACAAUCAGCCGUCGGAUACAAGCGUGUACCAAGAAAAUCGAUCGAAGCAUCAAACGUGUAUGAGAGCGAGGCUUAUAGCGAGGCUUCGACGGGAGCACGCUGAACGCGCGUCUCUUCAUCGGCAGCAGUCGCAAACGUACGCCAUCUUGGUGCAGGAAUGGCACCGUAAAGUGGAGCGAUUGGAGGCAACGCAAAAGCGAAAGUCGAAAGAAGCGAAGAAUCGCGAGUUCUUCGAGAAGGUGUUCCCGGAAUUGCGAAAACAGAGGGAAGACAAGGAACGUUUCAACAGAGUCGGUGCUCGUAUCAAGAGUGAAGCCGAUCUAGAAGAAAUUAUGGACGGCCUUCAAGAGCAAGAGAUGGAAGACAAGAAGAUGCGUUCGUAUGCGGUGAUACCUCCUUUGUUGUUGGAUACGAAGCAAAGACGAAUCGCGUUUCAGAAUCGAAACGGGCUGCUUCAGCCGGAGGAAUUGGAGGCUCUUCACAGCGAACGGAAGUUGAUCAACGUAUGGAGUUCCGUGGAGCACGAAUUGUUUAAGGAAAAAUAUUUACAACAUCCUAAAAACUUUGGAACGAUAGCUCAAUCGUUAGAACAUAAGUCCGUUCCAGAUUGCGUGCAUCAUUACUACCUCACUAAAAAAGCAGAGAAUUAUAAGCAGCUAUUGCGGAAAUCGCGGCAACGAACACGUAGCUCUCGGAACAAUCCUAACAAUAAAGUAAAUAACACCAGUUCGAGUAUCGGACCUAUAGACAUUUUAACUACGGGUGUCACGACGAGGUUGCAACGCGAACAACAGCAGAAGACGCAAGAAAAUCCUCAAAGUAAUUCGGCGGCAACGUCGACUACAACUACAACGACAACCACGACAACGUCGUCCGGCGUGUCGACAGCUGUUGCGACGACAAUAGCAACCACUUCAACGACUCCUUUAAGUUCGACAACGUCGAGUACAUGUUUAACGUCAACGGAAUCGGUGAUAACGUCCACGACAGCUACAACGACGUCCGUACUGAGCACCACGACGUCGUGCGUCACACCGUCGUCGUCUACGACAACGACAAACACCAAGGAUACCAAGGAACUGAUCAAAGACAUCAAAGUGGAACCCAAGGAGCCGCAUAUUAAAGUGGAAAUUAAGGAGGAACCGCAGGAAACAGUAUCGGGAAAAGAUGUUAAAGUAAUAAUCGAUGGGAAGAGCACGUUGUCGUCGUUGUCGUCGUCGUCGUCGUCGUCGUCGUCGUCGUCGUCGGUGAACACCAACGCGACCAACGCCACGACGAUACAGUCGGAUUUCAAAGACUCCAACAAAAAGAAAUCGAGCUGCAGAGAGGCAAACAGCAGCGGCGUUGCUGGCGUCGGAGCUGCCAGCAGAAUAAAGGAGAAGAAAAAAGAUAAUCACGCCACUCCUAUGGAAACCAGCGACGAGGAGGCUCAGUCGAUGGACACCAUCGGUGAGUUUUGUAAAAUAGAUAACUAUUUCACGUAUUUGCUUCGCUCGACUUGA